GACCCCCAAAAAAAGGAAGAAGUGUGAGAUACACAGACGCUAGAUAUACACGCACCUCUUUCGACCAGGACACUCAGACGCGGUUGCGACUUUUUCUCUCUCUUGUUGUUUCGGGAAAUACAGUUUUCAAGAUGUCCACCAAGAUCCGUGCCUUCGAGCUGCAGAGCAAGAACAAGUCCGACCUCCUCACCCAGCUCGAUGAACUUAAGACCGAGUUGGCUUCCCUGAGGGUCGCCAAGAUCGCCGGUGGAUCGGCCAACAAGCUCGGAAAGAUCAACGGUGUCCGAAAGUCUAUCGCCCGAGUCUUGACCGUCAUCAACCAGAAGCAGAGGCAGAACGUCAGGGAGUUGUACAAGAGCAAGAACGCCAAGUACCUUCCCCUCGACCUCCGAUACAAGAAGACCAGGGCUAUCCGACGACGAUUGACCAAGCACGAGUCCCACCUUAUCACCGAGAAGCAGCACAAGAAGGACAUCCACUUCCCCAAGAGGAAGUACGCUCUCAAGGCCUAAACCGGUCGUGACAAGCGACAAGGGAUGCGAUUCGAGGGGCUGAGAGGGGGAUAGGCUGGAAGACGAGAGGAGUUUGACUGUGUAAACCCACGUAUUUCCGUGCUUGUUCCUUUUCUUUUUCCUUUGAUGGGUGUAUGUGAUGUGAUGAUCCAUGUCAUAUACGGGUGGACGCACGUACA